AUGUCUAUCACCAUAACGGUGCCACACGGUUUGCCUUACGUUGGCGCAGCACUCCUUUCCUCCAUCCUUCUUGUCUCUGUACAGCUUAUAAUUGUUGCCGCGCGUCGCAAAGCAUCCGGUAUCCAACCUCCUCAGUUAUAUGCAGAACAGGCAGAGGUUGCAAAGUCUCUUCAUGCAUUGAGAUUGAACUGUGCACAACGUGCGCAUCUGAAUACUUUGGAAUAUCUUCCAAUGGUCUAUCUGGUAACUUGUAUCACUGCGUGCAAAUAUCCUAUACUGGCUGCUUCGCUAUGUGAAUCGUGGGUGAUCACACGCGCAAUUUACACUCGAGAUUAUACAUCUAGCGGCCCCGAAAAGGUACCGAUAGCAUUCCUCAGUCCUCAGCCUCAUCUGCAGGUCAACUAA